AUAGAUAAUUCCGGGUUCCGGUCCGGGUCGGGUCGGGUCGGGUCGGGGGUUGGCUCUUUCCGGCUCUGUCACUACGAGUAAUGGCGUUUGAAAUCCCACUCGCCUUCAGAGAAUCACAGGGCGAGGGAGGGAGAGAGAGAGAGAGAUGGAUGAGCAAGACAUUGGAGACUGGGAUGAGGAGUUCCUGGAGGCCGCCAUUAAAGCGGAGGAGUUUCACCUCUCUUCUCAGCUCCCUCCUUCAGCUCCGGCGCCGGAGACGGUGUCAAUUUCGUCGUCAUUACCUCAGCAACCGCAACCGUCGGGACAUCGGCAAGAAAUCCCAUCUCGUGAUCAUUUCUUCUGCUACUCGCCGCCGAGAGUGCUUUCCCAAAGAGCGGCCGAUUCGGGUGACGCAUUUCUGAACUACUCAACCUCUGCUGCGGCUGCUAGAAGAAGCUCUCCGACCUCUUCGUCUCGGCGUUGGGAUAGCUCGAAGGAUCUCGAGAUCGAUCGUCUGAAGAAAGAGCUGGGACGUGUCUCAAAGCAGCUGCUGGAUCUGGAACGUGAGUGUUCUCAACUUAGGAAGGGGAGAAACGAUGAAAGACUGAUCAGGCCCUCACAUAAUAACAACAAAGGGCAAGAUUCAAUUGUAAAUGGAUCUAACAGACCAAGCUUGGAGCCAGGUGUUACAACUUUAGCAAAUGAUGGAGCUUCCCAUGAAAUUCAUCGUGAGAAGGGUUUGGAUGGCCAGAAAUCUUUGAAUGGGUCAGGCUGCAAGACCAUUGGAGUUCAGGUGGAUCUAGCUUAUAAUGCUGAUCUUUCAAAAAAGUUGUUAGAUAUCUGGUGCACUUCAAGUUAUCAAGAUCCAAGGAGAUAUUUGAUUUCAGAGUUGCUGCUGGCAUGUUCAACAGAUCUCCAGAUUCUUUUUAGUUUCAUGACUGUCAAUAUGGAUCCUCAAGAAGUUGAUCAUUCAUUACACGAAAGCUCUUCGAAUAUGAAAUCUUCUGAAGCACUUGGAGCUGCGAAGGUGUCUCAGUUAUACUCUGCUAUAACAGAGAUCAGCUAUGGAUUGGUAGACUUGAAGGCCUUGUUCCAACCAUUGCUUGAUCUUUGUAAGGCAAAAAAUGCUGUGAUUGUUUAUAGGACCCUGCAUAUAGUACAUGUGUUGUUGGAACAUAUCUGCGGUGUAGAAAGGAAAUUUGAAAUCAGGGACAUUGUCAUAGAUGAGGAAUCCAGCUCUGGUGAGGUUGCCCAGUUUCAUGGCUUUCAACAUAGAAGGCAGACUAGUUUAAACACUCGAGAGUCAGCUAACUUGAGUAAUACCUCAUUUUGUGGAAGGCCUGCUGCGGAUCCAUGCAAGAAAAGUCCAGACGAGACUGAUGGGGCUCAGCUUCUUUGUGAUACAAACUGGCUUUAUCUGUUUGAGUUGAUGAAUGAAAUUGCUUCCAGAAGAACUGAAGAACAUGUGAAACUGGAAGCUGUGUCUAUAAUGAACAUAAUUGUGAUGGGAAGUGAUGCUUAUACCAAGAGAGAAGAUUUUGGCUCUGCAAAGGUGUUUGAAAGCAUUUCCUUACUUUUGAGAAAGGAAACCAGCUUAGGUGUGCGGAAAGAAGCUAUUCAUCUUUUCUACUUGCUGCUGAACUGCCCCAAACUGUUAGGUAUAUUUGAUUCUCUCUGGGAAGAAAGGAAGAUUACAGAUGCUGGAAAUGGCAGCGAGGAGAAUCUAUUCGUUAUUAAAGCAUUUGGUAUGAUCUUUGAAGGUUUGGCAGGUUGCUUAACUUCCCCCAGAAAGACAUCACAGGAUCUGGAACUUUGUCGCAAUGUUGUAAUGGUCUUGGCUCUGUUAGCCUCGUCUGGCAACUCUGGCUUUGAAGUUCUGACAAGUCACAAGCUAUCACAAGACACCAACUUUCUAAUGCUGAUACUGCAGCUUUUGUCAGCCGAAAUAGACUCAGAAACUGCAGCGACUCCUGAACCCGCAGAAACUUUCAAAUCCAGGACACAACUGAUGCGGGAGAUACUGAUACUACUAAACAGACUUGUCUCUGCGCCUUCAAGCUCUUCUACCAUCCUAAGGGAAUUGACAAAGAGUAGGGACAUGGCCAGUCUAACAGUUGAUGCAGCCACCAGAUUGUCCCGUAAAAGACGAGCCUUGGGGCAACCAGACAGCGGAGCUCAGAGAAUGAGGGAAUCUGAAAUCACUGACUUAGCUCGUAUUUUCAGGAGACGGGUUUUCGCCUACUUGGGUGACUGUACAUCCUAACUCACAACUGUCUGAAUCAGCGUAAGAAGCAGAAGCUGGAGCAUUAUUUUUGCUGAACUCUGCACGAGUUUCCUUCUGAGCGGAAACAAAUUUUGACUGAGGGCAUAUGUCCUCUGUUUUUGUUAGCAUCAUUUAAACAAACUCUGGGAUUCAUCAGGACAUGAACUUGAAUCUGGUUCCACAAGAAGGGGAAGGAAGAGCUUGAGAUCUGUACGGACGAGGUGUUUGUCUUCAUAUUGCCUGAGGCAACAACUUUCAAGAAGCAUUUUUCUAUGUUC